AUGGCAGACCAUCACCAUCAUGGAAGCGAAUAUCGCCAAUAUCUACCCGAUCUGAGCCAACCUCGCUUUACCACGAUGGCCAAACAGGAUCCUUGGGUAUACGCAAAGGAGUUCAAGGAAAAAGGCAAUCCGCCCUGGCUGCACGCACUAUAUCUGCACUGGCUGGAAUUGCUGAAGGAGCCGUUCAAAGGGGUGACCAAUGAUGGAGUGGUGCGACCAGGCCUGUUUCCCGUGCAGGACGAAGGUAUUCCCAUCGACACCAUUGUCGCCACGACACAGCAUGCAAUGUCGCUUCUGACCGCGGAACAGCUGGCGAAGCUGUCUUACCACAUUGACUCGCCAGAGUGGCGGACAUGGUCGAACCCGGAAUUCCUCCUCAGCGACAAGGGCGUCCGGCUCGACAAUGUGACGCCGCAGGUGCGGGAUAGCAUCCUGGCGAUCCUGCGUGAGACGUUGUCGCCGGAAGGCUAUGCCAAGGCUGUCGGGGCGAUGCGAAUCAACGGCUUCUUGGGCGACUUGGUUCGCUCGCCGGCGGUCAUGAAUGAAUACAGUUAUAACUUUGUGCUGUUCGGCGAGCCUUCGAACACGCGCCCAUGGGGCAUCAGCUUCUACGGCCACCACCUGUGCCUCAACAUAUUCUUCUACCGUACGCAGCUGGUCGUGUCACCCUGGUUCACGGGCGCCGAACCCAAUGAGAUUGAUGCGGGGCCAUACGAGGGAACUCGCAUCCUGCAAGUGGAAGAACAGCUCGGCCUCAAACUGAUGCAGUCGCUGCCGUCGGAGCAGCAGGCCAAGGCACAGAUUUACAAACAGAUGGUAGACCCUGCGAUGCCCAAGGGUCGAUGGAAUCAUGACGACCAGCGCCAUCUGUGCGGAGCAUACCGCGACAACCGAGUCGUGCCCUAUGAGGGUAUCCUCGUGUCGUCCAUGACCCAAGACCAACAGUCGCUGGUCCGCGGCAUCCUCGAGCAGUAUCUGCUGUACCUCCCACAGCGGGCGAGGGAGAUCAGGCUCAAACACAUUGAGUCACGUUUCGACGAGACAUACUUUUGCUGGAUUGGCGGGUUUACGGACACAGACCCCUUCUACUACCGCAUCCAGUCUCCUCUAGUGCUGAUCGAGUUCGACCACCACUCGGGCGUGUUUCUGAACAAUACACAUCCGGCCAAGUUCCAUAUCCAUGCCCUUUUGAGAACUCCCAAUGCAGGCGAUUAUGGUAUGGCUCUGCGCCCACAAGUCGAAGGGAUCAAGCAGGAGUUUGUGUGGAGUCCGAAUGAGUGA